GAAAAAAAUGAUUUGUAAAGGUUUAUGACGAAGUUUAUGAAAAAUGAAUAAAUGAGAAAUUGGGAUACAAAAGAAAUUUUACAAGAAUUUUCUUAUCUGCAGUUCCUUCGAAAACCCUUUCAUCCACAUCUUGCAAAGAAAAAUAUCAAAGCUGUCCAAUGGCGAACGCGGAAGCCGAGGCGGUUGAUUUCGAGCCGGAGGAUGACGAUCUUAUGGACGAGGACAUCGGGGAUGGCUCCCCCAAUCGUAACGGCGCCUCCGCUAUGCCGCGGCUAAGGUCCGCCAUUGCUGGUGGCGGCUCGUCAUCGGGUCCUAAGAAGACUAAGGGCCGUGGGUUCCGAGAUGAGGCGGCAGCUGAAGCCGAUCGCAGUGUUCGGAUGUCUGCGCGGGUUGACUCGCUCGAGUCUGAAGGAGGCCCCGGCCCCGAACGAUCUAUUGAAGGAUGGAUUAUUCUCAUUACUGGAGUUCAUGAAGAGGCACAAGAGGAUGAUCUACAGAAUUCAUUUGGUGAUUUUGGAGAGAUGAAGAAUUUACACUUGAAUCUUGACCGUCGUACGGGAUUUGUCAAGGGCUAUGCUCUAAUUGAAUAUGAGAAGUAUGAAGAGGCCCAGGCUGCAAUAAAUGAAAUGGAUGGGAAAGAGUUCCUUGAUCGUAUCAUAAAUGUUGAUUGGGCAUUCAGCAAAGGUCCGUUCAGAAAGAGGAACAUGAGGAGGAGGUAUGCUUUCAAACUCCCUUAUCACCUCGUGGUCAUCGCUCUAGGAGUCCACGAAGGAGAUUCUGAUGACAGUGUUGUGUGAGAGUAAUUAUGAUGCUGAAGGGUAAAGGAUACUAAUGUGAACCCUUGUCUAAUAGUUAACAAUUGUAUGUUUGAUGUUUUCCGUUCAGAAAUUUUCCAUCGUGUCCACUUUUCCGUAUUGUAUUGGCUGGGUUUCUUGGGUGUGAUGCUCUUGAAUUGUGGUUGCUAUUUCUUUAGUGUAGUGCUAAACUUGAUUCAUCUUUUGGACUCUUUAUGAAUUUCAUCAUGUUGGGAAAUCACUUGUAUCGGGUUUGUUCUUAGUCAGUCAAAGCCCUUUUGUGUUCCAAUAGAAGCGUCAUGUAUGCAGAUUAAUUUUUUAUUUUUUUAUUUUUUUAUAAUUACUGAAAUUUAUUAUUCUUCAGACACAACUUGAGAUACAAAUGCAAUUCGCUAUAGGGCGUCUACA